CAGCAGCAGGCCCCGCCCAGACCACGCCGGACGCCGAGCGCUGUGCGUCCCCGCUCCGCGCGCGGCCUCUCUCCUCGCCACCGGCGCGCCCUGCGUUGGGCUGCGGUGCGAGCCAGGGACGGCUGCGCGAGGUCUGGGCUCGAGGUAGGCCCUAGAGCGGCCGGCGCUGUGGCGCAAGUCUCAGGAUCCCCGGCGAGCGGGUCAGGACGGUGGACCAGGCUUGCGGAAGAUGGACGGAGAGAGGCGGCCUGCGCCCGGCCCGCCCGCCCAGAGCCUGCUCGCCGACGAGCACCUGGUCCUGUGGACACUCUGCUCCGUGCUGCUGCCGGUGUUCAUCACCUUCUGGUGCAGCCUCCAGCGGUCGCGCCGGCAGCUGCACCGCAGGGACAUCUUCCGCAAGAGCAAGCACGGCUGGCACGACACGGACCUAUUCAGCCAGCCCACCUACUGCUGCGUGUGCACGCAGCACAUCCUACAGGGAGCCUUCUGCGACUGCUGCGGGCUCCGCGUGGAUGAGGGUUGCCUCAAGAAAGCCGACAAGCGCUACCCCUGCAAGGAGAUCAUGCUCAAAAGCGAUGCCAAGGUCCCAGACGCCAUGCCUCACCACUGGAUCCGCGGCAACGUGCCCCUGUGCAGCUAUUGUGUGGUUUGCAAGCAGCAGUGCGGCACCCAGCCCAAGCUCUGUGACUACAGGUGCAUUUGGUGUCAGAAAACAGUACAUGAUGACUGCAUGAAAAGCAGCUUAAAGAAUGAGCAGUGUGAUUUUGGAGAAUUUAAAAACCUCAUCAUUCCGCCGAGUUACAUAGCUUCCAUUAACCAGAUGCGUAAAAACAAAAAAACAGAUUAUGAAGUGUUAGCAUCUAAGUUCGGAAAGCAGUGGACCCCAUUAAUAAUCCUGGCCAACUCUCGGAGUGGAACUAACAUGGGAGAAGGACUAUUGGGAGAAUUUAGGAUUCUGUUAAAUCCAGUGCAGGUUUUUGAUGUAACUAAAACUCCUCCUAUCAAAGCCCUGCAACUCUGUACUCUUCUUCCCCAUUACUCAGCUCGGGUCCUGGUUUGCGGAGGGGAUGGUACUGUGGGCUGGGUCCUGGACGCAGUUGAUGAGAUGAAGAUUAAGGGACAAGAAAAAUACAUUCCACAAGUUGCAAUCUUGCCUCUGGGAACAGGCAAUGAUCUGUCCAAUACACUGGGCUGGGGUACAGGUUAUGCGGGUGAAAUCCCAGUUGCACAGGUCUUAAGAAAUGUAAUGGAAGCAGAUGGAAUCAAACUAGAUCGGUGGAAAGUUCAGGUCACCAACAAAGGAUAUUAUAACCUAAGAAAACCCAAGGAAUUCACAAUGAACAACUAUUUCUCGGUUGGACCCGAUGCGCUUAUGGCUCUCAAUUUUCAUGCUCAUCGUGAGAAGGCACCGUCUCUGUUUUCUAGCAGAAUUCUUAAUAAGGCUGUUUAUUUGUUCUAUGGAACCAAAGAUUGUUUAAUACAAGAAUGUAAAGAUUUAAAUAAAAAAGUUGAGCUAGAACUGGAUGGCGAGCACGUAGAACUGCCUAGUUUGGAAGGCAUCAUCGUUCUCAACAUCGGCUACUGGGGCGGCGGCUGCAGGCUCUGGGAAGGGAUGGGAGACGAGACUUAUCCCCUGGCCAGGCACGAUGAUGGUCUGCUGGAAGUCGUCGGAGUGUAUGGGUCUUUCCACUGCGCUCAGAUUCAAGUGAAGCUGGCAAACCCUUUCCGCAUAGGACAGGCACACACGGUGCGGCUGAUGUUGAAGUGCUCCAUGAUGCCGAUGCAGGUGGAUGGGGAGCCGUGGGCCCAGGGGCCGUGCACUGUCACCAUAACGCACAAGACACAUGCUUUGAUGCUUUAUUUCUCUGGAGAGCAGACGGAUGACGACAUCUCCAGUGCCUCGGAUCAAGAGGAUGGAAGGGAAGCUGAAUACACAGCUGAAGACCUGCGAGUUUAGUGUACCGUCCACACAAACCAGAGUUACACGCUCAUCUGGAAGAGGAAUCCUGUACCAGCUGUUCAUUAUUUACUUCAUUCAUAGCACAACGGGUACAUGUUUAUGUACAUAGCAUUUCCCAAACAGCCAAACUUCUAGUUCUUACACCUGUUUUUUUUCCAUAAGAGAAUUUGAGCAUCUAUCACUAACUCUGAAAAAGCCCAGAGAGCCUGAAAAUGAAAUUUUUUCACAACUGUGUUAAGAGAGAGGGGCUGUCCCUGAAGUAUGCACUGUCUCUUUCCUUAUUCUUGAACAACACACUCUGGAUGGACAGCACAUGGGUGGGAAGAUCCUUUCUAUUGUCACUUAAUGUGGUGGCGCCAUGCCACGUUAAAAGCCAGCUUGCUCCUUGAGAAAGGAGAUGGUUCGUGUUAACCAGUGUGGUUUACACUGGGCGUCCUGUGGCAGCAGCCAGUGAAGAUUUUCUGUGCCCCCAGAUGAGUGAAUCCUUACCAACUGAUUUCCAGAAAACCCCUUGAGGUGGCUGUAAGAGAAAGGCAAAACUUAAAAUGUUUAAGGCCUCCAGUUUUCUUUUCGUGGUGCUGGAGAUUAAACCCAGAGCCCUGCAAGUUCUAGGCAAGUGCUGUACACUGAGCUGUACCCCAGAUCCAGAAUCUUUUUUUUUUUUUUUUUUUUUUUUUAAUAUCAAAAGAGAACCAGGGCAUGGGUUUUUAGCUCAGCAGGGUAAAUGCCUGCCUGGCAAGUGCAAGAUCAUGAGUUUGAUCCCUGGUACCAAAAAAAAGAGAGAGCGAGAACUAUAUAGGUGAAUUAUUCUAACAUUUAGAGCACUUGGAUAGAAAGUUACAGGUUCCAAACUGGACAGCUCACCAACCUCUGUUUUAGUUAAAAGACUGUCCACAACUCAAGAAAAAAAAAAAAAAGAAACUCAACAAUCAGAUGAAUUGCUCAAAACACAAAGUCAAAGCUUUGUGUUUGAGUCAUGUUUUCAAGGUUCGGUAGUCUUGUCAUACUUUGGAAUACAGUAAGUAGUCUUUUAUGUCUGAAGUACUUGACAAAAUAUCCCCUUGGGGAAGGUAAGUGGACAGAAGUCUCUGAUAAAAUGUUUCUAUCAUAUUUAUUUUAAAGUGAAAAAGAGAUCUAUAUUUUUAACUUGUUCAUUAUUUAUUGUGGUAGAGCACUUGUGUUCAGUGUUUACACUGGUAUUACAUAGCUUUAUUUAAUAAAUUAAAUUGGUCACACAAAUGGUGCAACUGCUACUCCCCACCAGACAGUUACAUCCUGACUCAGUUCCCCUGACAGAUGCAUUACCAAGGUGUCCUCACUCCUCAGGGUGCAGGGAGGGCAUGAAAAGUACUGACGCCUACUGCUUUUGGAAGACUAAAAGCUAUGUUUCUCUUCUGUUUGACCCUGGAUUGCUGAAUGCUUCUUGGAGGCUGGUUCCGUGGCCUUCCACUAGAGGGCGCACUGCUACCGGUGUCAGCAGGCAGCCCUGUCCCUGCAGCCUGGCACACCCAGGGGGUCUGCCCUGGAGUUUUUCUGACAGAUGGCCCGUUUGUGAGCUUGGUGGCUUUCACGAUGAAAUUACUAUAAUCUCUGCGAGAUGUAACCUCCAGAACACCAUGAGCCUCUUUGAAGGGUCCGUUAUGAAGCUGUCACCCACAAGUUGGCAUAAACUCCAAAUGUGAGUCACCUCAGGCUGUAAAUGUGUGCCGUGCCCAGUGCAUCAUAUAGGAUGCUUUUAGUUUGCUCGAUUAGCCCCUUCCAGAUCUCCACAGAAGAUGCUAACAGCCAGGAUUUGACAGGCUUUGUUCCCAAUUCUGUCUUCAGCUCAUUCCUGCUCGCAGAAGUGGUGGAAGAGUUUUUGUCCAUUUUCUUUCAUGAGAUGAUCAUGUUUUGAGCAUAGUGAGAUUUAUCCUUUAAUUCAUAAUCAAAAUAGUUACAAAUACCACAUUUCAUAAAUACAGCAUCAUAUCCGCUUUGCUGUGGGCUGUACUAUGCCCAAAACUUGUAGUGCUAAUUAAUUGCAGUAGGAACAAAGUAAGUAGUUUGGGAAGUAAGAACUCAACCGAAAACGACAUAGGUUUUUUUAACUGCUGAAACUACUCUAACCACAGUGUUACACUGGAUUUAGGACAGGUUAGUGUGCAAUGCCUUCAUUUAUUUAAACAAAUUGAUUUUUCAGUUGUAAUUUGGUGAGGUACUUUUUUUUCCUACUGACCUUUCAUGAAGUUUUUCUGCUGCCUUAUUCACUCAGACCUAAUUUUUCUGUAGGAAAGUUAUUUCAGAUUCUGUGCAUAAAACGUGAUAUUAUCUUGUGUCAGCAAAAUUCAUCUACCUUUUUGGGUACUAUUUACCUAGCAUUUCUGAUAAAUAUACAGGCAUGUGCCUUGAUUAAAUGAAUACAAUUUGUAUGACUUCAUGUUCACAAGUUAUAUAUUAGGAUAAUAAUUGUUUAUAUUACCAGGGAUCCUAUACAUUAUAAGAUGAUUUAUUAUAAAAGUUUUCCAUUAAAAAUUGUCGAUAUUGAAUAACGUCUACAUUCUCAGGAAGAACUAUAAGAAGUAAAUCUUACUUGGUAUGUUUCCACAUUUCUCUCAUCUUUAACUGCCCUCAUAUAUUCCUAACUCCUGUAAACUUAGUGGCUUAAAUAGUGAAAAUCUGGCAGCUCGUUAGGUGAUAAUUUUGUCAAAAAGAACUUUAGGAAAUAAUUUUCAGUGCCAGAAAUCAACUGGUAUAUUUCAGAAUGUAAGUGGCCUAUUGAGAUGAGAUAAUAUAAACAUUUUAGGUUUUCUGCAACUGCUUACUCGCUGUGAACCUGUAAUGUGUCUAUUGUUUCUAAAACUUUUAUAGUAAAAAUUGUUUAUUUUUGUAGGGUGUGUUAAAAAUACGUAUUUGCUUUCCAAGUACAUUGGCCUAAGUAGAGUCAUAAAAUGUAUACUGACUCAGAAUAUUGCAUUCGUUUUUACACGGUAAAAAUGAGUACUACCAGCAUGUCAAAGGAAAUAAUUUGUAAUACUAACUGAAAUUUUAGCUAAUUUAUGUAAUAGGGUUUUUAAUUUGCACUAACUGGAAAACUUUAGUGGUUAUGAUAAUUUAUAUGUUAAGGUACACCUGAAUACAUAAUUAGAACACAAAGUCAAGAAUAGGUGGUUUGGGGCAGCUUUCUUUCAAAAUGAUAAUAGUGAAGCAAGAACCAGCAUUUUGUACGUAGAAAUAGUUUUAUUUUUAAAUUUUACCCUAUUUAGGCUAGUGGAAUAUUAGAUUUAUUUUUAAAAUCUAGAAAUGUAAAAAACCUCAGUUUUGUUCUGUCCCCAUUGAACCAAAGGUAAACAGCAACAAGACAGGAAAAGUGCAGUUUUGCUUUUAAAACAUGCGCCUCUGCCCUGCCGGAUUCCUGCCAUGGGACCUGUCUCCUUUGCGAAGCGUGGGAAGCAGGUGGGCAGCUGGCCAGGGUGGGGCACUCGUGUCAUCCCAGGAGGCACUCGGAAGGCUGCCGCGAGUUUGACCCAGCCUGGGCUCCAGAGUGGACCCCGUCUCCAAAAACCAACCAACCAAACAAAAAGCACCACGUAGGCUGGUGGUGGAGCCCAGCUCUGCCUCUGGAGAGGAGAUGUAGGAGUUCAGGUUUGUGUUAAUAGGUACCCAGGCCAUUCUGCUGCACGCUUAAAUCCAAAUUGGAAAGCCGAUGGUGUGGCCAGGAGAAUGCCUUGCACAGAGAUUCAGUUAAUCGGAUGCUCAGGUCGGUCUUCCCUCUCUCUGCCAGCUGCUGUCUCCCCCAGAACUGCCCUUCAGUCUUUUCAUCCAGAUUAAUGUAUUUGCUGUUGUGCAAAAACUGGUAGCUGCAGUUUGUGCGUGGAACUGGAGUCUAGUCUGCUCAUGGUGAGGAGCUGCUUUGGGGCUCAAAGGGGGGACCCCAAGGGAUCACACAAAGGGGUGUGAGCUGGGAGGCUCUACCCCGCCUCCCUCUGGCCCUGCAGCCCAUGGGUGCCAGGUGCAGCUCAAGAUUGCAGCAGCUAAAACACUUCCUCCAUUUGAAAGUGACUCUACUCCUUUUGAGUUUGUUGUUGUUUGCUUUUGUUUCUGAAACAGAGUCUUACUAUAUAGUCCAGGCUGGCCUUGAACUCACGGUGUAGCUCAGGCUGGCUGGGAACUCUGUGAUUUUCCUGCCUCAGCCUUCCAAGUGCUGGGAUUACAGGUGUGAGCCAGCUUGCCAGGCUGCCUCUACUAUUUCUUUGAAAGAGUUCGGGAGCCACUACUUUAAUGACUCUUGUCACCCGUUUGAUUUUCUGUUGAUUUUACAUUUGCAAACACCUCAUGUUUAUUGUUGAAAAGACUACUCUAGAGAUCUCAGUGCUGCUUGGAAUGUGGCCACUUGACCACUGCGCAGUUUUUAAGGGCAUUUUGUUGCAGACUAAAGCAGCACCCUUAGCCUCUUUUCCUAUUUAUAAUUUUCGUGUAGAAGUGACCUGUGUAUUUAAUUGAUUUUUAUGUAAAUACAUAUUUAGUCCAGUAGUGCUGACAGUAUAGUCAGUGAACGAGGCUUGCAGGUCUCAUAAAGGUACAUUCCAAGAUUCUGGGGAGAGGACUUUGAAAGUCUGCACUAAUACAGAAUUUGGUGGGACCCGAAUGAUGCAUUUGGGCACAGAGGCCAGCAGGCACCAAGGGCUCGGCAGCCGCCUAAGGUUGCUUCUGUGGAAGGCGCUGAACAGGAAAGGAGCUGCCCUCUCGGGGACUUCCGUCCUGUACUUUUUGGUGACUGGCGAAUCUUGAGAAGGGACAACUGGAAAUUGAGAUGUUUUCCUUGCUCCUCGGGCACUGUCCAGGCAAGAGGACAGCCUGAGGGAUGAGCAGAGUGGCUGAGACCAGUCCCAAGACACUCAUCGUCGUCACAGUUGGAAGAGGCUUCUGGGAACCUUGGGCUUCGUGUUUGCUUCCCGGCUGCACACUCGAGCGCCCCAGGACCGCUGCGGUCUGAGUGCGCCAGGCUCAGGAUCCUUUCCUGUGAGCCCAGCAUGGCUCGCCCAGUCCUCGACCCGAGACUGUCCAGAGGCUGCAGCCAGAGCUCUGCACCACACAGUGACUCCACCUGAGCGGCCACUGCCUCCUGCAGCCUCGAGCUCUGGCCACUGUGCUCGCAACCCCGCUUUAUCCCGUGUCCAUCACUUUCCUCAUGCUGGGUCUGUGUUGUGGUCACUGCCUGCACACACAACUGCGGGUCGAAGCCCUCGAUAUGUUGAAGGUGUUUACUUGUUUUUAAUAAAAUUGCAAGUGCAGCACUCAAA